AUGCCCGAUAACAGUUUAUGGCAGGAUAUAGAGGCACAACUGGAGAAGUUUAUACAACAUUUGAAAGAGGACCACGUGGAAGAUGUAUAUUCUUUGCAUUGCAACUAUUAUGCAUGGGCGGAUUGGAGGCCCCCGCAUGGGUCACCCGUCGAAGUUCCAAGCCCGGGUGACAUAAUUAUUUGCACACUCAUGACCAACGCAUUGUAUUUCCUGAAUGGGUGGAGCAAAGCACCAGGCACGCAUACGGCAGAUCAUAGUGGCGGACACACAGCAUUGAAGGAUUUUAUCAGAUGCGGCAUUGUAAAUAUGUUUAUGCAUCUAUUGGAAGAAUCCGCGUGUAACACGGAGUGGGGCAUUUUCUAUGCAUGGCACACCAUGCAGCACAUGAAGAAUGACGGACCGUUCGGACGGAACUUAAUAUAUGCGGGAACAUGUAAGAACGGAAUGGAAGAAGAUAUUGAGGUAGACGGAUGGUCGAUGCAACAAAGUAUUAAACAAUGGUUAAGUACACAUGACAGCAUCAGGAACCGAAUACAGCACGCAAGUGCAAGUACGAACUGUAGCAGUAAAAUAGCAGAAUACACAAAAAAGGACAACGGUAAGAAAAAUACGGAUGACGCGGAUAUAGUAAAAGCCCAGGUAGUACAAACAGCGAAGAAUCUAAGCAAAGGGAUGGGUAAAAUAUUCAGACAAAUUAAGAAGGAAGCCGACGACGAUGAUGAGGACGAACAUGACGACGACCAUGAUGAGGAUGCAGAAGAGGACGCGAUUGCUAAACCAAAGAGUCCAGAGAACGGUCCACAUGGAACAGAUGAUAAGAACAAGGAAAAAGAACAACCGUCAAGCACCCCAUCACCAACAGCUUCAGGUGCAGGGAGUCCAGGGGCACCUCCGUCGCCACCAACAGGACAACCACGAUCAGAUGGCUCAGCAGGAGAGAACGCGGUCACAUCAGCAACAGUACCCAUACCACAAGCCCCACCUGCGGCACCACCUGCUGUGGAGGACAAGGGUAAAUCAUCGUCAUCAGCAUCCCCAUCCUCACCGGAUGAAACAAAGAAACCUGAAGGUAAGAACAAAAAUGUACCCUGCACCCCUGUCAAAGAGACAGUCGGUCAUGCAAGCGAAGGCGGUGGACGUGUUCAAAUUCAGUUCCUCAGUACUCCUUCAUCUACCGAAUGCUCAGGUACGGCAAGUACAGAUUCACGUGAUAGCACUGUGCACGUAGCGGUCCCUGUCCCGCAGGACCCAUCUGAAUGA